CGCGGGUGAAGCGGCUCCGCGGGUGAAGGCACGGGCGGGCACGGGGCAGGGAAGGCGGCACGGGAAAGGCUCCCGGAGCCCCUCGCCGGCCUGCGCGACCGCUCCGCGCGGUGAGUCUGCGCCCCUUGAAACGCCGAGUCGGAGAUGCGGGUUUUAGCGGGGUUGGCAGCUGUCCGGAUUCCCUUGUCUGCAGCAAUUCACCUGGCUCUUGGCAAGACAUCUGAUAUUGCACCAGGGAAAUACUCUGUCCUGCAACAGUACCUACAUAAAAGCUUGGCUGUAAUGAAUUAAGCUUUUAGAAAACUUAUUCCUGAAAAUGGAUUUUCGAUUUAAUUUCGAUGUUGAUGAAAAUGAGCACAGUGAGGCAGAGGCUCAGGUUUUAGUGCUGUGCUCUCCAGAACACAAGCAGGAACUCAGGGAAAAGAGCAGGGGAACUGCCGAUCUCGCAGCAAAGGCCAGCCCGAAGCUGGCUGCUGCUAAGCACCAGGAUGAGGCAGCUUGGAAGAAAAACCUCUGUGUGAAAGCUGCCAAGGAGCACAGCAUUCCCCAAGAUCUCAACAAAGUAUUGGAAAAUAAAGUCAUGGAAACAGUAUUGGACCUGUCUUACGUAAAGCUGUCUGUAGUGGAAAGGACAUGUUCAGGUGAUGCUGACAGCGAAGGCAUCGUGUCCAAAAGUGUUUCUUCUCACUCUGAUCUCAUCCCUGGAGUCUAUGAAGGAGGGCUGAAAAUCUGGGAAUGCACCUUUGAUCUCAUGGACUACUUUUCUGAGGCUGAAAUAGAAUUUACCAACAAGACUGUAUUGGAUCUUGGCUGUGGAGCUGGAUUGUUGGGAAUUGUUGCUUUACAAGGUGAAGCUGCCAGAGUCCAUUUUCAGGACUACAACAGCACAGUGAUUGAUGAAAUAACCUUGCCUAAUGUGGUGGCCAACUGUAUCAGUGAAGGCAGGAGGAUGGGCAGUGGGAAGGACAGAAAAGCCAGCAAGCCUCCUUCAAAGAGGCCCAGGAAAGCAGAGGGCUCACCUGAUGUGCUCAACAAAUGCAGAUUUUUUUCUGGAGAGUGGUCUCAAGUCAGCCAGCUCCUGUUAAACAGCAACAAACCCUGUUUGAAGUACGAUAUAAUUCUCACUUCUGAGACCAUCUAUAAUCCUGACUACUACAGUGCUUUGCAUGAUACACUGGCUCAGCUCCUGCAUAGAAAUGGCCGUGUGUAUUUGGCAAGCAAAGUGCAUUAUUUUGGAGUUGGUGGUGGUAUUUAUCUCUUUGAGAAAUUCAUAGAAGACAAAAACGUGUUUAAAACCAGUAUGGUUAAAACAAUUGAUCAGGGUCUGCAGCGAUGCAUUAUGGAAAUUGCCUUUAAAAAUUCCUGUUAAAAUUAAACUACUGAUCUACCAAAAAUAGCUCAAAAA